UUGUUGAAACCUUUAUUUUCAGUGUUGGGUGUGAGUGUACCUGUACGAGAAAGAGAGAUGGCUAAAUGGUUUUCAUCAUCACCAAACAUCAACUGCGAAUUCCAAGUGAAGAAUAAAAUUAUUAACCACAUGCUUACGCCAAGAGCUUCUUCUGCUAAGAGAAAUCAACUUCCAAUGGUACCCAAAAAGAAGUCUCAACGACGACGUCUGAUUACCAUAUCAACAUCCCAAGGAAGAUGGGACAGUAAAUGGGAGUGUAAUUACGUAUUUUCACUGCAUCAACUACAACUGCACGAUUUAGUGGAUGAUGACAUUCACAAAGACACGGAUGUUUUCAUUAACCUUUCCCUUGAGAAGGUGAUCCAACUUUGA